AGAAAGAGAGAGAGAGAAAGCGAGCGAGCGAGCACACACGCACGCACGCACACGGAAACACUUGACAGGCGUCGUGCACGAGCGAUGCUACUCCGUUAUUCUAGAAAACUGAAUCUGUUUUUUUAUUCUUUUUGUAAAACCUGAUUUUUUUUUACUUUAAAUCAGACGAAAUUAGACAAGUUCUAAUUAACUACCAGAAGGCUACAAGUGGCCGAGAAGACAGAAUUUAAUUUUAAGAUUUGUAAUUGAUUUAUUCUUUUAUUUCUGGAUUUUUUUCGUUUUUUUUUCUUUCAAUAGGAAUUAUCAUCAUCAUCAUCAUCAUCAUCAUCAAGUGUCCCAAAUCCUCUAGAGGGAAAACAACGGAGCGAUCUGACCGACUAAACCCAUCCACAAAAGACACGCCAUGCUCUCCUUAGACGAGCCGCUGGACCUGAAGGUCUCCUCAAACCGGGACAGAAUGCACAGGACGUCUAUCUGCGCCCCGCUCCGAUUCGCCCGAACCAGGGUACCCCGCCCGUCACGCAGCUCUGACACGGAUAUGUCAGACUCUCCCACAUCCUCGAGGCCAGACCUCAGUGCGUGUCCCUCCUCGUCUCCUCCCUCUCCUCAGCACUCCUCUUCCAGCUGCGGUCCCCUGUCGCCCCCUCAGGCCAGGGAUUCAGAGACUAUGGGUUACCUGGAGGGUGAGGCUUCUCCUCCUCCACGUCCUCCAGGAUUCCAGUUUUUUCUACCAAUCGGGGCAGGGGGCAGCCUCCUCCCACCCAGCUCUAUACUCAGCGCUCAGCGCUGGGACAGACGCGAUUCUCCUGAACCGGCGGAGGAACAGCUCGCCUGCCGCUGGCUCCGGUGCCAUCUGCUGUUCGAAUGCCUGCAGGAUCUGGUGGAUCACGUGACCGAGUCCCACGUGAAGCCUGAGAGGAGCUCAGGCUACUGCUGCCACUGGGAAGGGUGCGCGCGCAAGGGCCGCGGCUUCAACGCCAGGUACAAGAUGCUGAUCCACAUCCGCACACACACCAACGAGAAACCCCACCAGUGUCCUAUCUGUAGCAAGAGCUUUUCACGCCUGGAGAACCUCAAAAUACACACGCGCUCACACACAGGAGAGAAGCCGUAUGCGUGUCCGUACGAGGGUUGUGGAAAACGGUACUCCAACUCCAGCGACCGCUUUAAGCACACACGUACACACUACGAGGACAGACCCUACUGCUGCAAGAUGGUCGGCUGUCCCAAGCGCUACACAGAUCCCAGUUCCCUCCGUAAGCACAUCAAAGCUCACGGCCACUCCGUCUCGACAGGUCCCGAGCCGACGGUCACAACCAGCGAUCCUCCGACCUCUCCCGCUUCAGGAGCCAGAGCUCAUCUGGUGUUGCCCGGGGCCGCACUGGCUCUUCUGCAUGCCUUUACAGGGCCACUCAUGGCACUCGGUGCCUCACCACUUGAUCUCUCCAUGUCUGCAGGGCACACGGGGGCAGAGGCUGUGCUCCGUCACAACAUCAUGGCUCCAGGGCUGGGCAAGGCACCUCUCUUCGACCCUUUACUGCUUCCAUCGUUUGGGCUGGAGGCCAAACAAAGGGUCUUAAAGGAGAAGGGUGCCGAUGAUGAGGAUGAGAAUGAGAACAGGGAGGUAGAGGAAGGACGCAACGCUUUGUCCUGGGUGUUUGUCCCGCCGGGUAUGAUGAUGCUCAAGCAGGCCAUAGUCAGCUAGACCAGGAUCAUGUCGGAAGUCACGUGAUCUGUAAAAAUGGUAUAAUCAAAAACAUGUAAACCACCAUCAUUCAUAGAUUCAUGCUCAUCUAGCUCAUUUUAAAAUCUUGACGCGAUUCGAGUUUUUCGAAGCACAUUCUAAUAUAACAGCAUAUUUCGGGCAGAAAACAUAAGAAACCUGCAGUAUUUUUCUUUGCGCUAUAAGCAUUUUCACAUCCCUUCAGACGUGUAUGGAUUAAGAUACGAUCCAGUACUAAUUUGAAUUUUAAACAUCAGUCGUGUUUAACAAACACAAAUAUGGUUUUUGCACAUCCUCCUUCCUGCUAGGAACAAACACUGAUUUAGCACUAAUUGUGAUCUAAAGACCCACAGUGACCAAACAAUGAGUACGCAGUACGCAGGAUGCAGUGUGAGAUAAGAAAGUUAUACUGUAUGUAUGUGCGUGUGUGCGUAUACACCUUCCAUACUUGUCUAGUUGUUUGAUCAGCUGCCACAGAUUAUGUGUUAACAAGAAACUGAGAAUAUGAAUGACGACGAUCUCAAACAGAUUCAGAGUGCAGGAAUGCGGAAGUUUGAAACCUGCCUACUGGUAUCAUUACUGGAUCCUGCUAACAUUUAAAGAUAAAGGUGUUGUGACGUUAAAAACCUCCGGUAGAAUUACACAGGGCAAACAAAAACCCAAGUUGACAGUGUUUCUUUAUUUACGAAACCACCCUAAGCAAAUCAUUAUUAUGGGAAUUUAACGUUAUUGCAAAUUCUUAUCUCUUCGUGCAGUUACAGUUCCGCCCCCCCCCUUCAUACUGACAGCUUUCACCAGGAAGGCGACAAAAAAAACAGUACGAGGGCCAUUCUGAUACCAGAUGAUGGUCUCUAAUGACCAGCUCCUAACUAGUUUUGCACAAACAUUGUCAUUACCUCCAUGACCGUCGUGUUGUUCAGUGAACAGUUCAAGUGCCUUUAUCAUGAGCUUAUUGCUGUGCUUUGUAAUAAUCGACCGACCCGUGCAUGUAACGGCAGCUUAAAGUGGUCUCUUUCUUGGACAUAUGCUUUUAUCCAUAGGCAUUUUCGUGCCGUUUUCAAGUACUCUCAUAUAUUCCGCCUGGCCAAACAAACAAACAAACAAACAAAAAUUUGUUUUGAUUACAAAGCGCAAUCUGAUGGCCAAGUCAUGUCUUUCAUCAUUUGAGUCUUGGAAUAUACCCGUGCCAUCAGGAGAGAAAAGCUCUAUAGAUGUGAUAACUUGGUCAUUCAGGUCGCCAGCUGACUUUAUUUUAUUGCCACGAUGCUGAGUCUAGACCUGAGCAACUGAAGCAACCCCAGAUCAUAACACUGUCUCCAGAGGCCCCUGUGCAUGAUGGGUGCACAUCGCUUUCUUUCUUUCUUUUUUUUUUUGGCCUCACUGUCCAAACAGUGGAAUGUCAGUAACACCUUACACUUAGGAUUAGAUCAGCUAAUAAGCUGACAUUUGUUUUCUGAGACAGAAAUGCAGUUUUCACAAGGUGAACUGGGUGGCAGUAUUUAAUUAAUUCUAUGCAAAUUACGUUAGCAGUGCUGUACAGCGACACUUGCAGAAUUGGAAAAUGUUUAACUAUUACUUGUUAGGGCACGUCUAUGAUGCAGUAAAAUCAAGUUCCCCAAAUAUGACAUGGGAUUUCUUUUUACAUCCCCAACACAAAACAUAAUGAGAGUCAUGUAGGUAUGUACACAUGGUUUUAUUCAGUAUUUUGUAUGGCUUUGUGUCUGAUGGUAAAUCAGGCAUUUACUGCUGAAGGAGACCACUGGACACUGCUGUGACUUGCACCAGACAUGCUGCAGUCACUUCUAAGAACUUCUAAGCCUUUUCCCAAAAAUCAGGUGUAUGUGCAACUGGUUACACAAAGCUACACCUGUACGUUAGGCAUUCCAGAUGUUUUGUACACUAUAUGUAUGUAUGAAGGAACUUAAAUGUCACGUAUGCCAAUAUGUGUAUUUUUCCCGACAUGUGUUCUAACAAUGAGCAUGCAGAUUGUUUCAAAAAGAGAUAUUGUCAUGCAAGAUUUUGACAAUUAUGAUAAUGACGAUGACUGGCAGCGUCUAAUAAAUUAAACAGAGGCAUAUAAUAAAG